CUCGCCACCUACAGUUUGAGGGAACCGGCUGUGUUUGGGGGAGGCGCAACGUCGAAUCCAUGUUACACCAACACGCAUGCAAGAACAGCACUCGUUUGCAUUGACCAUGAAUUUUCAGUUCCUGUUUGGCCCCGACUGCAGAGAUGCAGGUACGCGAAGAUAUGAGGUGCUCCGGCUCGGCCCCUGUACAAUUGUUGUCAUCUGGCGGUUGUGGAAGAUGAAUCAGUCUUGUAGUGGCGUGGAUUUACAUAAAGUUUAGUAGUGUCACAGACGUCGGACUGACUGCAAAAUUGCCGUAUUGAAAUCUCACGUUUGGUCUUCCCUGCUGCUAGGAAAGUGUGUCUAACACUGGCAUGCCUCAGUUAACUGCAGCUGCUGCUUUGCAGAUUGGUUUAUUAAUAUCUGCACUUCCUGCUCAGUAUAUUUUAACCCGCUGGUUUGGCAGUGACUCUACACAGCGCAUCCAGGCAUCAAGAAGGUUAAUCAAUAAUUGGAAUCAAUUCAGAAAAUCUUACUUAACUUUGCAAGCUUGGAAGGACUGGUUAAAAGAAUGGAGUUUGAAGGGGAGAUCUGUUCAAAACGAAGACCCUCUUGGCGAGUCCCCAGCUGUUGAAGUCUUGUUAUUAAAAGAAAAGGAUGGAUACUUUGCAGGCUCAUUGGAGCCUCGGUCUCCAAGGUCGCCCCCCGUCAAAUACAGAGUGGGGCAGGUCUUCAGACACAAGCAUGAAGGAUACCUCGGUGUGAUAAUCGGAUGGGAUGAAUACGCCAAUGCCCCAGAUGAGUGGCUUCAUGAAAGAUAUCAUGGUGACCUCCAGAAUUUGAGAUACACUCCUCAUUAUAAGGUUCUUGUUCACACAAAUGAUGGAACAAGCUCAACAUCAGCCUAUAUUCCAGAAGAGGAUAUUGCCAUAUUGACAAGUAUACAGGUGUACCAUCCCAUGUUGAAUUCUUUCUUCAGCUCAUUCGAUGGAGACCGAUACAUGAUGAUGCCAUGGCUGAAGCAAGUCUACCCACACGACUGAAUGGAGGUCAACUUCCAAUGGUGCAGGGAAAGCAAUUCGCCAAAGGAGAAUUAAUGAGAAGCUUUUACGCUCAUUAAGCUCUUGAAUUAGUGAUGUACUUAAAAUAGAAGGGCAUCUAUUGAAAGUUUUAAACUGUUACCAUAACAGGUCUGUCGGUAUUUUCAUUUGGAAGGUCAAAUAAAUGCAAUUUGAUUCAUUCUCUAUAUGAUAAUCAAAAAUAUGUUUCUAUAGUUCUUUAGAUAAAUUCUUUAAUAUGUUAGCAGCUUGGUGAAUAAACUCAUCAGACAUUUCUGGCACAUUGAUACAAUAUUCGUACUAGCAGAAAAGUGGUAUCAUGCCCAACCUUCAAUAUUUACUGGCAUCGCAGUUUAAAAAAAUAAUUAGAAGGACAGGUGAAGUAGGAACUCACAGAAUAUUAACAUGAUAUUUAGAACAUUUGGUGUUCUUUUUAGAGUUUAGAGAGACAACACAGUAACAGACCCUUCAGCCCACCGAGUCUGUGUCGACCAGCGAUCACCCCAUACUCUCGCACUAUCCUACACCCUAGGGAUAAUUUACAAUUUUACCAAAACCAAUUAAACCACAAACCUGAAUGGCUUUGGAGUGUGGGAGGAAACUGGAGCACCCGCAGAAAACUCAUGAGAUCACAUAGAGAACAUACAAACUCCGUACAGACAGCACCUGCAGUCAGGGUCGAACCCAGUGUGUCACGUGCAGCCCUUCUCACUCUUAAAUGAGAAAUAAUCCAAGGUAUAAUCUUCAUUGCUUUCUAAUAAUACACAUGGGUUGAACUUUGACCUCGUGCUAUAAUAUAAUGAAAACCAUGAGUUUUCAUGUUUCCUUUAAUUUUGGUAGGUUGAAAGAUACAGAAUUGAAACGGGCCCUUUGGCCCACUGAGCCUAUGCCAAGCAUCACUAGUUCUACUUUAUCCCACAUUCGCAUCCAACUCAUUGCACACUAGGGACAAUUUACAGAGGCUAAUUAAACUACAAACUUGCAUGUCGUAUGGGAUGUGGGAGGAAAGUGGAGCACCCGGAUGAAAACCCAGCCACCUUUGUACCUUUAUUUUACUGCUAGUAUUACAAUCACUUGGAUGUCAGAAGGUGUACAAGAAAGCUAGUGGAACAAUUGUCCUCUAGAUAUUUCUCUUCCCAGCCAAGAGAAUAGGGAGAUGAAUAAACAUAGGGAUUUGAAUCCACUUCUAUUCCUAUUUCUUAGGAACUUUUUAAAGUUGUAUAUUGUUUGCAUUUAAAUGCUUUUUCCAAUAUCAUGUUUUCAGUUGUUUGGUUUGUUGCCAUGUAUCUUCAUCAGUCAUAGGAGUAGAAUUAGGCCAUUCCUUCCAUCAAGUCUACUCCGCCAUUCAAUCAUGGCUGAUCUAUCUCUCCCUCCACACCCCAUUCUCCUGCCUUCUCCCCAUAACCUUAACAUCUGCACUAAUCAUGUUUACAGUUUAGUUUGUUGCCAUGUGCACAGUAAAAAGCUUUUUGUUGCAUGCUAACCAGUCAGCAGGAACCAGUGACCAGUAAUUACAAUCGAGCCAUUCACAGUGUAGAAACAUGAUAAGAGAAUCAGUAGUAGUAGAGGAUUAACAGUGUGGAGCGAUUAUAAUGUGUGAUUGCAGAUCCACUUCAGUGACCAUCUUGGACGGCUAAUGAAGAUGCAAAUAUGCCAGAGCAAUACACCAGCAUAUUCAAAUGAAAGCUGAUUUAAUUUGCAUCUUUAAAAUGUGCAAUGAUUAUGAUUCACAUACGGCAAGCAAAUUGACUUAAUGGACUAUAUACUUGAUAUGCUGAGAAAUGUGUUUUCUUCCUCCUAAAUGAUUCUUCGAACCGAACAUAAAACAGUAAAAUAGUUUAUUAUUUAAAAAAAGCAUAAAUUCCAUUCCACUGCUUUUCUAUCACUAUUCAUUUAAAUCAAAGAUUUAGGUUCUAAGUCGUGUGUUUGCUAAGUAUUGCAUUAAGCAUUAUUAGAUUUUUUUAAAUUCUCUUCAUGAAUUUCUGUGAAUAAAGGGAAUGUCAACGCUA